UCGAAAUCGUUUCUGGCAUACCCCGCUUAGUCGGAAACUGUCUACCUUCGAUUAUCGUGGAAGUGUAUCGGAAUCGUUGACGUUUGCUUUAAAUUUAUCUAUCGUUAAUACAAUCGUUAAUACAAAUCUGCUAGGAACACGAUUAUCAUAACAUGACGGCGACAGACGUCAACGGUAUGACAAUAAAUACGCCCAUCAUCAACAACACUGUCGAAAAUGAAAAAAAGAGCGCAACCGCAAAGAUAGAAGAACUAAUAAAUGAAGAGGAGGAAAUUACUUUGGAAGAUUUGGCACCAGACGGUGGCUGGGGAUGGAUGAUUGCAUUGGCAAUGAUAUUAAUUUUUUUUUCCACGAUGGGCCCCUCAUCGUCAUUUUUUAUAAUCUUCGGCGAUUUCCUCGAAGAUUCCGGGAAGGCGGGCAUGGCGUCGAGCAUGUUCAAUUCCGUCUUUAUGAUCUCUUAUUCUAUUGCCAGCUUACUCACCAAUACAUUACUGAAGAGAUAUUCUACAAGACCGGUCGGAACCGUCGGUGCACUCUUCUUCUCGGUACCUAACAUCGCCCUAGCCUUCGUCAGAAAUAUAUACGACAUGGCUUUUAUGUGUUUUCUUCAAGGUUUUGGAUUUGGAUUAUACAUUACUGUUACCAAUACGGUUUUCAACUCGUACUUUGUCAAGAAAAGAGCGAAAGUGAUGUAUGCGUCACAAGUCAUUAUUGCGUUGGGUGGAAUUAUUUAUCCUAUGUUGUGCGACAAGUUACUGCCGUUGUACGGUUUUCGCGGUACUGCGGCAAUCGUAGGUGCUCUGAGCCUCAACAGUCUCGUUGGAAUGACAAUGAUGCAUCCUGUGCAAUGGCACGCGAAAAGUGUGGAAGAAGUUCGUGCCGAAAGGGCGCGCGAAAAGGGACAAAAAGUUUUUCAAGACUCGGCAUUAUCGAAUCGUCGUUCAACUAUCGACGUGAUCCACUCAUCUUCCAAGGUUAAAUGGUGUAGUCUUCGUAGUCUCAAGGAAGAAAGAGGCACAGAAAUGCCGUUGCUCACUGAGGCUCUUAAGCCUUCUGCACAAAGAGUCGCGUCAGUUUCGGCAAUUGAGAGCGGACGGAGAGUGAAAUCGGGAUCUAUAUGGGAAAGUUUAUCACGGCGUACAUCAGCUAUCUCGGCUUCUAGCCUAGUUAACUUGACGACUCGCACGACUUAUGUACUGAACGAUAUAUGGCAACUUCAUUUGGAAAAGAAGAAUAGUGAAAGACAGAUAGAUAAAGAAACACAAGAAAUCGAAGAGAAACAUGAUAAGGAAAUCCAGGAGAAGGAAAAGAAACAAGAUAAGGAAAUCCAAGAGAAGGAAGAAAAACAAAACGAAAUCUCGGAGAAAGAAGAGAAGCGUGACAUUGAAAAAGAAAAAAAGACGACAAAGUACAAAACCAAUCUAAGAGAUCUCGUGGAUAUGUCUCUUGUGAAGAAUUGCUGUUUCAUAAACUUGUGCUUCGGCGUCACUUUCGUGUGUACCGCCGAUUUUGCUUUUUCUUCUCUUCUUCCUCUUAUGAUGACCGAUGCGGGAUACCCGAAAGCUUAUGCCGCAUUGAGCGUCACAAUCAGUGGAACAGCCGAGCUGGUGUCGAAAAUCGUACUGUCAAUUUUUACACUAAUAGUAAACGUAAAAUCAAAGUAUCUCUUUUUUACCGCCACAAUCUUCAUGGGUUUCGCAAGAAUAGGCUUCCUGCUAUACGAGCGUACACUUAAUGGCGCGUUAAUUACGAUAGCGCUAAUCGGAACCGUAAGAGCGUGGCUGUUGGUUCCGCAGUCUCUAGUUAUCAUAGAAGAUCUCACCAUAGAAAAAUUUGCUUCGGCUUAUGGUAUCAACUCUGUUAUUAGCACUUUAGUCACGAUAAUUUUUGGCGCCAUCGUAGGAAUUAUUAAGGAUUGGACUGGGAGCUACAAAGUAUAUCAAAUUUCUUUAUUAGUGUUAAAUGGUGUAUUUCUUUUACCUUGGGCUUUGCAAUUUAUCUUCGUGGACUUUAGAAAAUGGCGGAAGCAACGCGCGCAAGAAACUACCAAAUCUGUCGGCUAUCGGUAGGAAUGAAGAAAUGCGGAACUUCUCGAGAAUUACUAACUUGUUUAACUCGAUCCAUUUAUCAAUAUUACAUUUCCUUCACUGAAAUUUCCUAGCGCCUGGUACAGUUAUUCAUGAUGUACAUGGAGGAUAUUAAUUUUUAUGUAUGUAACUUUCUGCCGCUUAUAUAGAGAACAUUUUGUAUUUUAAAACGGUUAUUCAAGUUUUUGUACAUACAAAUAAUUUUAAAUAAUUUAGAUUUAAAUUCUAAUGUAAAAAUACACAAAGAAUUUACAAGGUAAGGGGAUACCUGUCAAAAAAUAACUUAGUAUCAGGUUGUUUUUCUCUGAUAGAGGACUGUUCACGUCGGAAUAAAAUGGCCUACGCGGUUGCAAUCUGGAAGUCAAAUCUAAUAUUCGUAUUCAACGCGAAAGAUUCAAAUAUCAAACAGUUUAUAACAUUUUUUAAAAGAAAAUUAUUGAAGAUAUAUGCUACUGAUAUGAAAUGUAUUAGUGUAAGCGAACCUAUUUUGGAAUAUAUUUUAAAAAACUUGUUGUAUCUUUUACGUGAAACCUUUGAAAAAUACAUCUGAUAUGCACUAUACUAGUUAAAAAA